UUCAAGGUGUGUGCCAGUAAAACCAUGAACUGCAAGACCUGGGCUUGCUGUGUUCCAGGUGCUAUGUCACACAAUUUACAGUGUUCCCACUGAAUCUUUACAACAACCUCUAAGGGAGGUAAUUGUCAUUCCCAUUUUACAGCUAAUAAAACAGGCAGUGAGACAUUACAGGUAGAAGGAUAUGAGACCUGUGCACAAACACACAUGUGAAGAGUGGCUUUCAGACCUUAUUUUUUUCUGUGAGUUUAUUGAUACUAUCCGUCUCCUUGAUUUCAUUUUACAGUCAUGUCAGGAAUUCAUAACUUUGAGGAAUCAUGGACGGGUUUCAAGAGGUCUGUGAAAAAAAAUGCUUUAGAAAAUUUGCGUGUGUACCUGUGUGAAAAAAUCAUAGCUGAGAGACAUUUUGAUCAUCUGCGUGCAAAAAAAAUACUCAGCAGAGAAGACACUGAAGAAAUUUCUUGCCGAACAUCAAGUAGAAAAAGGGCUGGAAAAUUGUUAGACUACUUACAAGAAAACCCUAAAGGACUAGAUACCCUUGUUGAAUCUAUUCGGCGAGAAAAAACACAGAACUUCCUGAUACAGAAGAUUACAGAUGAAGUGCUGAAACUUCGAAAUAUAAAACUAGAACAUCUGAAAGGACUAAAAUGUAGCAGUUGUGAACCUUUUCCAGAUGGAGCCACAAACAACCUCUCUAGAUCCAAUUCAGAUGAGAGUUAUUUCUCUGAAAAACGGAGAGCAUCCACUAUGUACCAUCCAGAAGGAGAAUCCAGCACAGCCCCCUUUUUUUCUACUGAUUCAUCUCUGAAUUUGCCUGUUCUAGAAGUAGGCAAAACUGAAAAUCCGACCUUCUCUUCAACUACACUUCCCAGACCCGGGGACCCUGGGGCUCCUCCUUUGCCCCCAGAGCUGCAGUUAGAAGAAGGAACUUGUGGAAACUCUAGUGAGAUGUUUCUUCCCCUAAGAUCACGUGCUCUUUUGCGGCAAUGACAGUUUACAGCCUUUUAAUUUUUUUUAAUAAUGACUAAUAUUUGGAAGGAUAUGAAUCUUUUUAUAAAACUGCUAUAAUGACUUAUUAACACCUGACACAUGUCUUUUUAAAUGCAAUGUAAGCUCACUUUGUAAAUAGACGUUUUUGGAAUAAAAGAAGCAUACUUUUAUUUUAGAUAGCCAAAGUAAAUCAUGUUGAUCAUGUACUUUUUAGGAUUUUAUAUGGGGAUUUUUUUCAUUUUUGAGAUAGUGUUUUCACAUUUUUUUAUGUUUGAAGGCCAGUUUUAAUAGGGAGCAUAUCUCUGUUUGGUAAUAGAGUCUUAGGCUGAGAAUGAUGUUCUCAGUGCAUUUGUGCUAGAAAUUUCAUAGUCUAAUAGUCCUUCCCAACCAUCUGGCAGUAAAUUUUCAGGAUGAAGCUGUUUCUAAUUGGUAAUAAAGCGAAUCACUGUUGGGGAAAACUGCCAGUGAACCAAAAAAAAUCUCUUUCCUACUCAGUUUGGCUUUCAGAGUCCCCUUCUGAUACAGAGGAACAUCCGAUGGAGUUUGAACCACCUAAGAUCUCAAUUUGCCAAAAUACAUUUAUUAACCUUACUAAUUCCUAAUACUUUCUUAAGAUUUUCACAUUCUUUGCUUUAGCAUUUUCAUUCCUAAAGAAAAAUUUUUUACAAAAAUCUGUUAUUACAUGUAAUUUGAUGAGAUUUAAAAAUAAUUUUUCUGUACUUUUUAUCCUCUUAAUGAGCACCACUGUACAAGUUGAAAUAACUAGAACAAAAUGGCUUUUUUCCAUUUGUUUAUGUGACAGUCUGUUUUUAAUACUAUUUGGAACAAGCAGGCCAUUAGUUAGAUUUGUCCUUUUGUUAUAUAACAAAGUUUGACUAAAUUUACGCAUUUAUAAAUUAUACCCUCAUUAUAAUUUAUUUCCUGAUAUCCAUCUAAUAUAUUUGCGUUAGUUGCAAAAAGCAGAGGUGGAAAUGUGCUAUUAACAAUAAGUUUUUUAAUUGUAGUACUGUGUUUUGGAAGUUUCAAACUCUUCAGUAGGAAAUAAAUAUCUAAAACAGUUAUUUUAUAUGUACCAAUUUUUAUAGAAAAAUUUCAAGUUGUGAGAUCAAUUUGCAUUUCUGGGUAGACUGAUGAGUUUUUCUGUCAUGAAGAAUGGCAUAUUGGUUUUUAAAAAAUUUUAAAGACUGGGUGAUUUUUGUAGUAUAAACAUUUUCUAAGUAUCAUGGAGAAACAUGGUUCAUGUCCAGUGUAACUUAAGAAAAUAGUGGCAUUACAUUUAAAUAAAUCUAUUUUGAAAGCA